AUGACUGGAAUCAAUGCGCGCUUGAGAGCCACAAAUGAGAGCGAGAACGGUCAUGUGUUUGUCGUUGAAUGGGAGGGCGCUCAUGAUCCACUCAAGCCACACAAUUGGUCUACAGCCACGCGCAUGUGGGCAACAGUGGUUGUCUCUCUUGUGGCUCUUGCAGGUACCGCGGCUUCCUCUAUCGAUGCUGCAGUAUUGCCUCAAUAUGCAGAGUACUUCCACAUUAGCGAGGUCGCAGGCUCUUUGGCGACCGCAAUGUAUCUGAUUGGUUUUGCGGUCGGCUCGCAAUUCGCAGGUCCUUUCUCGGAAACCUUCGGAAGAAACAUCAUCUACAUUGUGACUAUGUGCAUUUACAUGCUCUUCUUGCUUGGCUGCGCGCUGGCACCCAACUUUGGCGGACACAUUACACUACGAUUCUUCGCAGGCUUGUUCGGAUCGACUCCUUUGACAGUGGCUGGUGGUACUAUUGCUGAUCUCUGGAACCCACUUGAGAAGACCUUCGCCUUCCCGGUAUAUGCAUUCAUUGGAUUCUCCGGCCCUCUAUUCGGGCCUGUCAUUGGCUCCUAUAUUGGUCCCAGCGGCAUGAGCUGGCGUUGGUGCGAAUGGCUUAUGCUGAUCCUUGGUGCUAUCAUUACCACCAUCAUCAUUGUCGGUCAGCCAGAGACUUACGGCCCACUUCUUUUAUCCUGGAAAGCCCAUCAUCUCCGUACCGAAACUGGCGAUGAUCGCUACAGAUCGCCUCUAGAAGUGCGUCGCACUUCUCUCUGGACUCGCCUAAAGAUUGCACUUUGGAGACCUUUCGCUAUGAUCUGGACAGAGCCCAUCAUCUUGCUCAUGUCGCUUUAUCUCACCGUUCUGUACAUUGUGCUGUUCACCUUCUUCAUCGGCUUUGAGUUUGUCUUUACCGAGACCUAUGGCAUUUCUCAAGGCAUCACCAAUAUCAUUUGGGUUGCUGUGUUCGUUGGGUUCUUCCCAUUGUUUGGUACACUGCCUUUGAUCUACUCCUGGACAGUCAAGGAUAUCAAGAAGCAAGAAGCAGCUGGAGUCGAGAACCCUGCUCCCACCCCCGAGUCUCGUCUUUACUUCGCCAUGCUGGGCGGUGCCCUCGCUGUGCCAGUCUCUCUGUUCUGGAUGGGCUGGACCGAUUACGCUUCCAUCUCCAUCUGGUCCCCUAUCAUUGCUUCCGCUCUGUUUGGCUACGGCGUCAUUACUAUUUUCAUCUCGGCUUACAUGUACAUCAUCGACUCUUACGCUAUCUAUGCUGCUAGCGCUUUGUCGUUUGUCACUUUUACUCGCUACCUUGCUGCUGGUGGCAUGACUGUGGUCGGUGUUCCAUGGUACCGUAAUCUGGGCGUUCACUAUACACUCACAAUCUUGGCCUGCAUCAGUGCUCUCAUGGUGCCUGUGCCAUAUAUUUUCUACAUCCACGGUGCGAGGAUCAGAAGCAAGAGUGCUUAUGCUGUUGGCAAAGCUUAA